GAGAGGGAAAGAGAGGAGAGAAGGGAAAAAAAAAAAAAGUGACGACUCCGAAAACGACGAGAAAUCCAAAGAGAAAUAAAAGGGAAAAAACCCUAGUUUUGAAAUUUUUUUGGAGGAAUUGCAGAAAGGUUGAUGGAGAAACCAUGGCGAAACCCGAAGAUGUUGUGAUGGAACCAUGGGGGACUUGGGAGGAGUUGUUGUUGGCAUGCGCCGUUAAUCGUCAUGGAACCAAUAGCUGGGACUCUGUGGCUAUGGAAAUACAGAACCGAAACACUUCCCUUCGUCUGCUAACGCCACAGAACUGUAAACUGAAGUAUCAUGACCUUAAACGCCGGUUUAUGGCGAAGGACGAUAAAACUGUCGUCGGUGAAGACAAAUCUGAAUCUCCCGACGAUAAGGAUGGCGAGAUUCCGUGGCUCGAAGACUUGAGAAAACUUCGAGUGGCGGAGCUUAGACGGGAGGUCCAACGAUAUGAUGUUUCGAUCGUUUCCUUGCAAUUGAAAGUUAAGAGAUUGGAGGAAGAGCGUGAGCAGAGCAUAAGAGGCAAGGAAAACGGCGAACAGAAACCAGAUCUGGAAAAUGAUUCGGAUAGAGACGGAGUCAAAGAGGAGGAGCAGGAGAGAGACACAAAACCGGAGAAAUCCUCGCCGGCGAACGUCGCCGAAGCAUCAGUCCCCGGCGAAGAAUCCGACCGUGAAAACCAGUCGUAUAACGAGUCUAAUUCGACUGAUCCGAAGGUUGAGAAUCGUAAGAACGGCGUCGUAGAGGCGGAGAAGAAACCGGAAGCGGUCGAACCAGUUCAAAAACAACUGGAUCCGGUUUCCGGUGAUUCGAAACAUGUCGCCGAGGGGUCUUACUCUCAUCACGGCAGUUCGGAUACGAUAGCGAAAGAGUCGACGGCCCAGCCGGUCCGGAAGUCUCCGGGAAUUAAUAAGGCGACGAAAGAAGGCAACUCGCCCGAGUUGUGGGAAUCGGUAGCCGAGUCCAAAGGUGGCGGAGAGGAGGGCCACAAGGAGAGUAGCGACGUACAAAGCUCCGCGAGUUUGUCGAGGAAGAAACGCCGGAAGAAGGUAAUUUCAGGUAGUAGCAGCGGGGAAGAACGGGAGAACGAUGAGGUUUCUCCCGCCAUCAAAAGGAUUUCUGUUAAAUCACAACCGUUGAUGUCCAUCCUCGAGAUUAUCCGGUCUCACAAAUCCGGCUCCGUAUUCGAACGCCGGCUCGAAAGUCAGGAAACUUCAGAGUACAGGAACUUAAUCAAGCAACAUCUAGAUCUCGAGGUCGUUCAAGCGAGGUUAGAAGAAGGGCGUUACAGCAGCUGUAGUCGGAAAUUCUUUCGGGAUUUGCUUCUUCUCUUUAACAACGCCAUCGUCUUCUUCCCCAAGAACUCUUCCGAAUGGGUAGCUGCUGUUGCGCUUAGGCAGCUAGUUUCUAAGGAGCUGGCCAACAGAAAUCGGAAAGUGGGUCAGCCCAAGGAAGACACAACAGCAGCUCCUGCAUCCCCUGUUCCACCUCCACCUCCAGCGAAACCGAGACCGAAACCAGAACCGGAACCUCCGGAUUCUCAGCUCGCGAAGCCCAAGUCUUCUGGUCCGAUCGUCGCCUGCAGAAAGCGCAGCUCGAUCUCCACAAAGCCAUCGUCUGCUAUUGUAGAUAAAAAGGGAGAGCAGAAAGCUGCAGCAGAGGCCGAAGAGAAGAAAGUUUCCGAUCGGAAACAAUCUGACUCCUCAGCUAUUGAGGAACAGAACCUCACAAGGAAGAGGACGCGAGAGAGGUCAGGCUUGGGAACUAGAAGCUCGAGAACACGAAGCAAGAGCCGCACCAACAAGAAUCUAAAAGCUGGUUCAAGCCAAAACUCCUCCCCUGGUCCGAAUUCUGGUUCAACCAGUAAACGAUCCGCCCAUGACGAAGAACCAAAGACGGAGAGAAAAAGCAACACAACAGGGGCAGUCGCUAAGAAACGAAGCGCAGCGAAUUUCUUAAAUAGGAUGAAACGGACUUCUUCGUCUAACGGAACGCUACUGGAGUCGUUGAAAAGCUCCGUGAACAAUUCUAGCAAUGGCAAAGGUGGUGGUGGAGAAGCUGCGGCGGAGCAGAAGCGAGGUGGAGGUAAGAGUGACGGGCGUAAGGACCAUGGUAGCCGGCAAAGCUCCGGUGGGAAACAAGCGGCGACUAAUCAGAGCAGUCCUGCGAAGAGGAGUGUCGGACGACCACCGAAGAGAGCGUCGGCUCCACCGCCUCUGCCUCCACCAGCCCCAUCGAAACGGACGAGAGAAACUGUACAUACAGAGGUGGUGACUUCGAGGCAGUCGAGGAAACGAGCACGGAGGUGAAGAUGAUUUGACGAUCGCCACCGUUUGAAAAAUCGGGAAUAAGAUGGUGAAUCGGAUCGGAAUCGUCUGCGACCGAUCGCGAUUGAUUCGAUUGGGGCCAAUUCAUGGUCCAAAAUCUUAAAUUCGGUGAGUUUUCAGAUCUGAGGGCCGAUUUCUAAGAUCUUUUGAGACCAAUUCAGAUUAAAAUCGGCAAGGAUGAAUACGAUUCCUGAUUACUGAUUCCCGAUUCCCAAUUCCCGGUUCCCGGUUCCGUGUUUUGAAAUCUUAAUUGAUAUCUUCUGUAAAUUAUGUAGUGGUUUGGGGGUUUUAGUAUUUUGUAACAAUUUAUCAUGUUCUUUGGGAAUUCCCCCUCUCAAAUUGCAUAAUACCUUGAACCUUCUUUGGGUUCAAUCUAUUUAUUGUUAUUACAUAAUACAUUUCUUUGGGUUCGGUCUA